AUGCGAUUCUUCAUUCAUCUCCUCCUUGCUUCGCUUUUGAACAUCGUCUUUGCUGCUCCCAAGUCGGAGAACACAGAUGCUUUUGGGCUCUUGCGACGUACUCCCGACGAGGCGCGCCGCGGCCGUCCCAAAUGUCUCUCCCCAUCGCGUGUUAAAGCAGGAGAAGACUGGGCCAUCGAGAAUUACCGAGCUUCGGAUGACAAGGACCCAAGCUAUGUGGACAACUUCAUUGGAGAGGACACACAGAUUUUCUUCGGGGAAUCUCCUCCCAGUUCUGGGAAGGAGUCGAUUAGAGAAUCGAUUGAGUGGCAGUGGAAUGCGACUAGCAGCGUCUCUCAUGUGCUCCAGAGGAUUAUCGUCCUUGAGGAUCUCACCUCUGUCCAGACAGAGGUUACUUAUACCUUCACUGAUGGGGCUGCGUUGACGAGGAAGGCUAUUACUCUGUAUGAGAAGACUCCCGAGGACCAGUUCCCUGCUGCGAUUAGGGUGUUUGGUGAUUUCGUCGAGGUGUUCGCGAAGUUCAUCGAGGUUGCUGGACCUCCCCCUGGUAGUUAA